AGGUCUUCCAUUCCUGGAGCAACGAGGAAAAAGAAAGCACUCGAAAGACAAGACUCAGAUCCACAAGGGGCUGGCUGAGAAGUUUUGAGAGUGAAAUAUUCAGCCAUUAAGGGAUCUGCAAUUUAAUUUGUCAUCAUGCUUAUUCUGUAGUUCACAUUAAGUCCAGAGUAUUGAAGGAACUGAGUAAAUGGACUCCGGACAUCGGAUGGUUGACAGAGUGUUAACCAUGGCAUCUGAGGAUGCCCAAACCUUCUUCCAGCCUUUCUCUUCCUGGAUAUCCCGGGUCUAUGAAGUUCUCCAGCAAGCAGGAGAUACAUUAUCUGCUUCGCUGGUUCAUUUAAGCAGAAAAGACUCUAAAUUGCGUGACAAGCUAGAUCAGGACGUAGAUGAUAUGCAGAUUCAGGAAGCUCGCUUUGAAGAUGAAGAACAAGGCAGUGAUUGGAACCAAGAGGAUGCAAAUUCAUUGUUUCUUGAAGAGGAUCAUUUCUCAUGUGGUAAUCAUGAUUUUCAGGACUCUGCCCAAAAUUCAAGCCCCAGACUUAGCCAACACGCAAAGGACUCACGUUCUAUAACAUCCAAGUCAUCCAGUCAGACGCUGGAUGGCCCGAAGCCCCCGUAUGUGCUUUCUUCUAUUGCUGAGGAAGAACAUCACCUUGGAAAACAAAUAUGUGGUCCUCAACGUGGCUUUGACCUUCAGCUCCCUGGCACUUUAGGAAAAGAGAAUGGAAUAAAGCAAGUUAACAGCUUUGGGGAUGAUGAAGAACUUUCCACAUCUUCUGGAGGUGAUGAGGAUGUGAUCAAACAGUUUGAGAUUUCUGUGUCUCGAUCCCAGAGUUUCCGUGCUGGAGCCUCUGAAGAAGGAAAACCCACUGGAUUGGAGCAGAGAGCAAAACGCAGGCGCCCACUCUCUACCCACGAGGAAGACAGCACGGAGGUGUCUGCCUGUGAAGAUUUGGAUGGAACCAGCCAACUGGAUUAUUCUGCGAUUGUAUCUUGCAAAGAUCACCCCAUCUCCACACCCUCACAGUCCUCAUGUGAAAGAGGACAUACCAGGUACCAUCGCACCUCUCCUCAAGAGACCCAUGGGGUCCAAUGCCUCAGUCGUCAGUCUGCAGAGGGCAGGUUGGAGACGGAGACAACUUUUAAUACUCACGGAUUUGAAGAUUCCUAUGCCACUGACAUCUCCUCCGUAUGGAGUCCAGAGGAACAGGAUGGGACCAAUUUGCAGGUGCCCUCCAGGCUCUUGGAGCCCAUCUCAAAGUGCGGUGACUUAGAUGUCACGUUUGAAUAUAGAGUUGCAACCCAGAAGCUCACCGUGACCAUCGUGAGAGCACAGGGCCUCCCAGAUAAGGAUCGAAGUGGUGUCAACAACUGGCAAGUUCAUGUUGUGCUGCUGCCUAGUAAGAAACAGAGGGGCAGGACCAGCAUACAAAGAGGGCCCAACCCUGUCUUCAAGGAGAAAGUAACUUUUGCCAAGCUGGAGCCCAGAGAUGUGGCUUCCUGUGCUGUUCGCUUUCGUCUGUAUGCUGCCCUUAAGAUGACUCGAGAGAGAAUGAUGGGAGAGAAACUCUUUCAUCUUAGUCACCUGCACUCAGAAGGGGAAAUGAAAGUGACUCUAGUCCUGGAGCCAAGGAACAACAUAAGUAGUGGAGAGUCUCCGCUCAGCCCAUCUGCGGUUUCUCACAGUGACAGUGCCUCAUCCACUCAGUCGUUGUCACAUGGAGGGGCGCCAGAGCUGUUGGUGGGGCUGUCCUACAAUGCCACAACAGGCCGAUUAUCCGUGGAAAUGAUCAAAGGCAGCCAUUUCCGAAACCUUGCUGUUAACCGAGCGCCUGAUACAUAUGGAAAACUAUUUCUGCUCAAUUCUGUGGGUCAAGAGAUGUCACGCUGCAAGACAUCCCUUCGACGUGGUCAGCCCAAUCCUGUGUACAAGGAGACCUUUGUCUUCCAGGUGGCCCUCUUCCAGCUCUCGGAUGUCACACUGAUGAUUUCCAUUUAUAAUAGGCGUACUAUGAAGCGUAAAGAAAUGAUUGGCUGGAUCGCGCUGGGGCAGAACAGCAGUGGAGAGGAGGAGCAAGAUCACUGGGAAGAAAUGAAGGAAAUCAAAGGCCAACAAGUGUGCAGAUGGCACACGCUGCUGGAAUCCUAGGUUGGCCACCUGGUGUUCGUAUGCUAUGUGUGCAUUGGUCACCGGUAUUCCUGGAUGUUGAUACCAAGUCAUUGUAUCCUGGUACUCUUUUCAGGCUUUCGAAUUGAGAUUUUACCAACCCUAAAAUGUUUUGCGUGGGAGCUUUGGGUUUCUGAACAGUUGCCUUUAGAUUUAAAUAUCAUAAUAAAAAGCUACAAUACCCAGCUAAACGUUCAACAUGGAAAAUGUUGCCAUAGUUGAGGUAAUUGUUGCCACUGGUGAGGUAAUUUGUGCUAAUAGAUUGUUGAGUUUUGGUUUACAGUGUGGGAUGAAGCUUCUCCAGCCUCACUGUUAUUCACAGCGAUUCACUGUUUCUUGGAGAAUAACAAGAUUUCAAGGGAGAUAUUAAGUGUUACUGUUUGUAAUCACAUACACGUAUGUCAGAAUUUUCUCAGUGCAAAAAAUUCCAAAAUACCAAAAUGAGUCUCAGAUGUUGAGACUCACAGAAUAAUGCAACUGUAAUCUUAUUUCACAUUUUUCUCUUUAUCAAAAAACCUAUUUACCUAAAAAGUAAAUGCUCUAAGUUGUACUUAUAAAAUGAAUUUGUACUAAUUACGCACCUCUUUUUUCUCACUUCUAUAUAAUGAUUUCUAUGAGACUUGGUUAUAUGAGUCAUUUUGAAGCUGGAAAAAAACUGAAAAACUACUGUUAUACGAUUUGUCUCCUUUUUUCUUAUGUAAGAUUUCAAACUUGUAACUUUUAGGGUUUUUGUGCUGUCUUUCUCAUCGAAUAAAUUCCUAAAUGUUAAGAAGAAAACCAGGAGAUCUACAUAUUAAUUUUUUGAAUCUAAUGUUUCGUGGGUUAUGCUUUUUCUAUAGUCAUUGCUCAUACUUACCUGUUUUGAAGCUAUUCUUGCAGAUUAAUCACGUUCAUAUUUGUGCAGUAUUUUCUGUCAUGAGUGCGUGGGAAAUUGCACACAGUGGGUCUUUACUAAAGGUUGAUUUGGUUGACUCUUGUAGAUGAACCUCGCAACACCUGUGAAUGACAAAGUAUUUUUCAGCUUACGUGAAACGACAACUUUUGGAGUGUUUGAAGUGCCUACACCUGUCAUUUCUCAUGGCAUUCACCACAAUGUGUGUUCGUCACCACUUGCAUCUGGGCAUGUGCUAGCCAGUGAGCUGAUCCAGUGUGGUUACAAGCGUGGAAUUUUACUUAGGAAUGACUUACGUACUUAUGCAGAGCAUGUUUAUCUUCUGGAUUCCUAGAUUGGAACUCUUAAUAUCAGUGGCUUUAAAUUGGCAGUAAUUAAAAAAGGAAGGAAUGUACCUUUAACCUUAUGCCCAACAUGCAGCUUUUCUGAGCAGUUGCUCCGUGGCUUAUUUUUAGCUUUUGUGUUUCAUUGUUGACUUUUCCCUGUCUGUGUGAAGAGUGAUAGCUAGUGACGGAUGUAUACAGUCAAGAACACGUAACUCCUCCUCAGCUCUACAUUUUCACAGAUUGUAAGGGUAGGCUAUCACACUUGAAGAACUUAUUUAUUUCUUUCAGCCUGUAAUGAUUAUCCUGAUGAGACCAGACUAGGGCAUCUACUCUACUCUCUACUGUGAUUUCAGGGUUCAAAUUCUGAAAGAAAUGAUUUCAUAUGAAAGAAUCAGAAUUUGCAGAAUAAAUUACUGUCUUUAUUUCUUUUCAGGUCAUGGACAUUUCAUACACACUGCUGCUCAGUUGUUGGGACUAGGUCAUAAAACCAUGCACCUUUGGGUUUUUACCCUACCUUGCUUUGGAAGACCUCAGAGUGCUUUUCCAGCAUCAUAUCCAUUAACUGCUGAGUGGUCUUUGCAGGGUGGCUACACCAUUGAGUAGAACUGAGUGCGAUUGAUUAAGUAGCAGCACAAAGAAUUGGCUUUUCACAUCCCUUACUCUCUUUAUGCCUUGUGUUUAAAGGGAAGUGGAGCAGCCUCGUAAUGCUUUCCUUUAUGCAGGAGCAUAAUAGCAGCAUUCACUUUAAAAUUUACAUUUGAAAAAAUCUGUAUAUUGUACAGGCAGCCUUGGGCUUUUCCCCUUCGUACUUUCCUGCUCCUCAUGUUGCCUGUAUCCCUUGUUCUGUGGUACCCAGUAAUCACGUUCUACUUUAUUUUCUGCUCUCUUGAACCACCAAUUUUAAGUUUUCUGCUGGUGUGGUGAAGAUAUCCUGUGUGCUCGAUCUGCUUUCCAAUAGCCCGCUUAUGUUGCAGUUCUAAGGGAAGAGAUGCCUGAAAAGCACUUUUUAUCUUUAUAAUUUUUCUAUGUUGGUGCUACUCACCAUAUAGGAGGCAUGCACAUCUUGAAUAUAUAGCAACAUUCCUCUCAGCUGAUUGUAUAAACAUAAAAUUCUAAAGACAAGAUGCACUAAAAUAGGAGGCUGAUUUUUUAAAACCUUGAUUUGAAAUUCUAGUUUAGUAAGAUCUUUUGAUUUCAUGCACUUAAACUCCCUUAUUUUCUUGGCAAAGUCUAGACGCAAAUGCAUUUACAAUGUUUUUCACUUGAGCUUUUACAUCCACAUUUGCUUUUCAAAAGAGUUAUGAGAGAUAAUUAGUUGGUUCUUCAGUGAGAGAGCUGUUUCUGACUACCUCAUCUAGGCAGUGAUUCUCAUGGUGAGAGCUGACAUGGAAGCCGCUAUGGAUUUGGGUAUUAGGAAUUCUUUCAGUAAUUUUCCUAAAGAGCGUGCUUUUUCAAUAAUACUGUUGAGAGGAAGUGAUGCACCAGGUUUAGGAUGUCUGCUCUGUACUGUGCCCUUUCUUAGGGCACUAGUGUACAUUGAAUCAAGAAGUGCUGGUUCUACCAAUCAUGGUGGUGGCUCUUGUGAUCCCUGCUUCCCUCUGACUAUUGUUGAAUUUUUAAAUAGACCAUUCACCAGGCAGCUGAACACCUGCUCAGUUCUCUCUACUUCACUGGCUGCUGUGUGAUGCACAGUUGUUUUGGAGCCUGUUUUUGCUGAUGCUGCAUAACUGCCUGGGGGGGCGGUGGUCCUGCCUUCACUAGCGGAAGAAUUUGCAUAGCCUUUGGAUGAAUCAUGCCCAGCAUUCCACCUGCAGAAAGCCGGAGAAAGAAUCAUUGUAUUUGUAAAAGGGAAAGAGGAUGGUGUUGGACCGUCACUCACUUAACUCUGACACCCUGCAGUGACAGUUCAGUGAUUGAUUUCGAAUGCUGAUGUUCUCCACAGUACGAGCUGCUACACUAAGCCAGAAACACAACUUCUAACUUUUCAUUAUGUAGACCUGAUAGCAUUUUACAAAAUAUUGUUACCUUUUGGUUGCCUACUGUAGUUUAUAUUGUGGCUGUAUAAGAUCUUAUCUGAAAACUAAAAAUUUGCUAAGCAAACUAUCAUUUAGGUAGAAACUAUCAUCAGGCAAAAUGAAAGUAUUUCUCUACUACCCACUAAAUUAAUGUAAUCGAUGUUCAGUGUGGACAUCAAAUUCAGGGUUUCCCCCAAACUGGCUGUAUUUUCACAGAAGAGCACUUAAUAUGCUAAGAUACAAAAAGUGAGUUGAAAAGAGUGACUUCUAAGUGAUAUGAAACCAAAUCAGGUAUAUUGUUUGCUGAUGAAGAAAUCGGACAAGAAAAUACAUGGGUGUCUAGACUUAGUUUUAAUGAAACUGUAGUUAAGGAGCAUUCCAUGCCUGUUUCAUGCAAACAACAGCAAAUGAUAGAUUAUUCUGAACUGGCAAGAGUGUUUUUAUUAUCUGAAAAGUUAAACAUUUGUUUAGGAAAAGCUAAAAAAACUUAAAAGAUCAUACUCCAUGUGCAUGGAGAAUGAAAGAAAUAAAUGUGCUAGAUACAUUUGGUAUUUAAUAGCAUAUUAUGAAGAAGAGUAAACUAAUAAACUAAAAUAUCUUUAAUAUCAACAGCCCUUUUGCCACAAAUUGUGGCAUUGUGGGAACUAAUUAAAGAUGGAGGAAAAGAAGUUGGUGAAUAUAGUGAAGUUGGCACAGACGGUGUAGUUUUAGGCUGGGGUCAGAUGGAACUCUGCUAACUGUGUGGCCUUCAGAAGAUUACUCAGCCAGUCCAUGCCCCAGUGUCUUCAACUGGAAAGUGAAAAUAAUGCCUACCUCACAAGGUCUUUAAAAAAGAUAUUACUUGCAUCACAGUUGUGAUGUGCCUACAAAAAGCCUGACACACAGCUAGUAUUCAUGUUUCCUCAAGAUAGUCAUGCUUGAAAAGAAGCAUUUAUUUUUCUCUUUCUAGGGAGGGAAAGAACUCUAGAGAAAAACUCAGAACAAUUUUCAGACACUUUAAAAGGAUAGGCUCAGGAAGCUAGCCUGGAUUUGCAGAGAAAGUGGAUCUUAUCAGGGGAUAAAGCCUGGUAUAUAGAGGAAAUCAAGUCUUAGAUUCCACUGAAGAAAUAGCUAAAUCUUGGUCUUUUCUUCUUAGUUUGGAAGAGAUGUAAAAGCUUGGUGCAUGGGUGCAUAUCCUGUUAAAUCACACACAAAGCCUUGCCCCCAAUUGUGCAGCUCCUACAGGGUAGGGUACCUGGUCCCCAUCAAAAAGGUUGGUAAAGAUAACAACUUGACAACAUAUUUUAACUUUGACCUUAAAAAGUAAAAUAAAGGCUAUAAUACUGCAAUGAUUUAUAUUAAAAAAUCGAUACUUUUAAAGGCAUACAUUAUAUUUCUAUUUCAUGUCCCUAUAGAUAGGAAAAAUUAAGUGAUCCAGCCACUGCUUCUCUUAGGGGAACCAUACUCAGAGGAAUUCUGUAAUUUGACAAUAAUUCUGCUUUAAAGUGACUCGCAAGAAUUUUCUUAUGUAAUCAAAAGUAUGCUCCAUUGUUCUCAAGUGAUUUAAAUCUUGAGUAAAGAGGACUGUUUUAUGAAUUUACAGAAACUUUUGUUGACGUCUGAUAUGGAAAAGGAGUCAGGAGAAAACAGCUUCAAGUUUAUGUUACCAGGAGCCAUGAAUCCAUCAUACACUUUUCUGAUUUUUAAACUAAGUCUGAUUUGGGGAUGCAGAACCGGGAGGCUGCAUUCCAAAUACUGCCAAAUUGCCCAGUGUUGCCUUGAGUUCCAGGCUUCCCAGUUAAAGAGAACCAUGAAAACAGUGGAUAAGAAUCACUGAGCUUGGGGCUUGUAGUUGGAAAUAAUUCAACACAUAAGGAAGUUAAAUAAUUUGGAUGGGAGGGUUGAAGGCUACAAAGUGACUUCCUGCAGCAAUCAUCCAGAAUGUAGGGCUCUAACCAAAAGGAUUUGACACCUUUUCCCUUCUUGACUCUGUGGAUAUGGUCAAAAUAUCCACCUAUAAUGGGCUGUGGGACUUUAACUUAGAUAUAUGGAGUUAUAUGAAGUUCAUUUUUCAUUAAUUCAAAUAUAUUCAUUGAACUUACUUUUCAUCUAGCAUUUGUCAUAUGGGAUAGCUCACGUAGAAUUUUAAAAAUCUUUUAGAAGUGUUAUGACUACACACUAAAGCCAUUAAUCAUCAUAAAGCUAGUGGUUACCAAAAUAUAAUCAUUAAGUUAGUUUACAGUCCAUAAAAAGUGGAGGUCUAAUCUUAGGUUACUGGUCACUUUGUUGAGGAGAGCUAUAAACAGCCUUAAGCUUGCAGGGAACCUUGGUUACAUUACAGGAAAAUUGCCCAAAAGGUCCCAGAAUCAUUAUCUUUGGAAGUCUUUUAGAAUAGGAAGAUCUGCUUCCAGGGUUGAUUCUGUAUAUGGAAAUGGAAGGAAACCAGGAAGCAAUCUUUGUCACUUUUCUCCUAAAUCUAGUAUUUUGUAGGUAACCUCACCACAGAAUCCACAAUCGUAAUACCCUGGACAGUGUUCUUUGCUUUUGGACAUUUUUUUCCACGGUGACUUUUCUCUGCUUCAUAAAUAUUUCUCUAGGGGGUUCUCAUUCGGGUUUUGUUUCAGUAACUUUGGGAAUGCCUGUAGGCUCUCCUGCUAUGGAAGAGACUGCUUUCGUUCCCUGGGGUCACAAAGCAGUACCCUAGACACACAAUCACUUAUAUGUAUGGCCACUGUGAAAUAGUUUGUGGCUUUACAGAGCAAAAUCAUAGGUGGCCGUAGAUGGAUGUAGGCAUUCUUCUUGGGACAAAAUUGCUGAGCAUUGCUAACACUUUUCCUUAGUUCACUCCAUGAGAGUUUUUACUUCAUGCCACUGAGUAAUAAAAUUACCAAUUCCACUUCCUAGCUAUAAGAAGGCAGGCUUCCUACUCAUAUGCAUACCAUAUUUAUACAUUAUUUUUGUUGACUCCAGUUCCCCUUCCUUAAGUAACUAUGUGACCUUUUUUUGUUGUUGUUUGGGUUUAACAAAAUGUAUUCACUCAAAAGUCCUUAAGUGUAACAUUUCAAUUUCUGAACUCGAGGUCGGAAGAUAUAGAUGAGUGAAACAAUUUAAGUUUAACCAAUUUUUUUUAGUGUUUCUUACUAUGUUUCUGAAUAUUCCUAGAUUCUCAUAAGGUCUAUAGGUAAAUAAUAACAUCUUUUUAUUUUCCUUUAAUUAUUUGGCUUAGUGCAUUUCUAAAAUUGUUUUUUCCCUCCUCUGAGAGAAAGAGGAUUUAAGGAAAGUAGAAAAAUUAUUCUGUCUCUAGUUAAUAAAUAAAUAUUUUUGUUGGUCUAUGCUUCCUUGAAAAUAAAUAGGUUUGUUUUGCAUCUGAGCAGAGUGCAGAAUUCCCCUUUUGCAAUGAAGUCAGUUACAACAUGAGCUAGUAAUGGGAUAGUUAGUAUUUCUGAUUUUUGUAGCUGAAUCCUCUUUGCAUGGCACUGAGUUAGACCCUGAGAUGCUAGGUUCACACAAGCAGAUGCAACACAGUGCUUCUAAGCAUUGUGUGUUGUUUGUGGUACUCCCAACUACAUUGGCUGGGUUAUAGACACGUACCACCACAUCCAACUAGUACUGUGUUUUAGUAGUGUUGUUACAUUUUAUUUUUGAGUGAAUAAACUGGAGACUGUAGCCACAAGAUAAAAGGAUGAUGAUAUAAGCAAAGAGCCCUCCAUAUCUCUUUGGUAUUGAGGGAAACAUGUAUUCUUUAUCAACAACCGGACUCAUAUGGGUCAUCCUUAUGAAAUGGGUAAAGGUCAACAUUAGGAUGUUUCCAAGAGGCACAUGGACCAAUAAUUAUUUUCUAGUAUCAGUUUUUAAGUCAACCUAAAUCUACCUUUUGAUGCUUUCAAUUUCAUAAUAUAAGGCAUAGACUGGAGUUUCCCCAGUGGAUUUAUUAUGUAUCUUAAUGUCAUAAAUGCUCAUCUCAAAUGUCUGCUAUACAGCCAUCAAGCAUGCCAGUUGAGUCAGAAUUUUUGGUGACUCAACAAUUCUAAUUGAAGGUAAUAUUUUAGUGUUGACCAGUUGGUGGCCCAUGACAAAAAGUGGAUAUCUCUUAUUUGAUAAAGACCUUGAUACGUGAGAAAAGAUAUCAGAAAGCUGUGAAUACAAUCUCCAGUGAAGCAAGGCACAUAUACAUUGACAGAAUGGUAUUUCCAUGAGGGUUGCUCUUAAUAAUAUUCGCAUGUGCUUGACCUACAUGUCUUUCUUUUUUUUUUCUCAUUGAGUUUACUGGUACAUUUUAGGGAUACACUACA